AUGAGGAGCAAGGGAUACAGAAGAGGAACCAGGUAUCUAUUUUCACAGGACCACAGGAAGCACGGAGUUGCACAUGUGUCGAAGUAUCUCGAAAAGUACGAGAUUGGAGACAUGGUGGACAUUCUAGUCAAUCCGGCGAUGAUGAAGGGGAUGCCUCACAAGUACUACCAUGGGAGGACGGGACGCGUGUAUGAUGUGAAGCCCAGGUCUCUCAACGUUGCUCUUUACAAGAGGGUUCGUGGAAAGUAUGUGAUCAAGAAGAUCAUUGUGCGUAUUGAGCACGUGAGGAAGAGUAGGUGCUCAGAAGAGAGCCAAAAGAGGAUUCUUAUGGCUGCAGAAAUGGCAAGGGAUGCCGAGUCGAGAGGAGUGGUGCUUGCACCUUCCAAAAGGAAGAUUGAAGGCCCGAGGAAGGCGGUGGAGGUAUCCCUUGAUAACAAUCAGCCCAUUGAGGUGGGAUACGAGCCCCACGUGGUGAUCUUCUAA